AAACUUCUUUUCUUUAGAUUUUAGCAGCUUACCUACCCUAUAACUCAAUAAUCUGGCAGCAUAGCAUAUCUCUUUUUCGAAACCCUAACAAACCUUCCCUGAGAGAAUGGCUGUUGCCAUUAAGCUAAAGUUUGAAUUGGUUUAGACAUAAACUGAGAUGCCAGAAUAACAUAUGAAUGUUUCUGUUAGUUUUUGGUUUUUAGGUUCACUUACCUCUGGCACAAUAGCCACUUUCAUUUCAUCGGAUAUGAGUUCAGAUAUUAGAAAAACAGAAAUCAGAUAUCUUGUUGAGAAAGUGAAGCUUGACAUCGAUAUCAAAGAAAAGAAAUAUGGUCUGACUCCUUUACAUCUUGCAACUAUUGAGAAUUCUUUUCCUGUUGCUCGAUAUCUUGUUGAGAACGGUGCAAAUGUGAAUACUGCAGAUCGGACUGGACAUACUCCUUUGCUUUUUGCUGCAGCACUAGGCUCUAAGAAUCUUGUACAGAUGUUAAUCACUAAAGGUGCUGAUGUCAAAGCAGAAUCUAGAUUUGGCACUUCACUGCAUGCUGCGUCAGCUGAUGGCCGAAAGGACAAUGUUGAGGUUUUGUUGGAAAACCAUGCUGAUCCAAAUGUGGUUUCUCCUGAACACUGUACUCCAUUGAUGGCGGCUAUCUCUGCUGCGUCAGUUGACUGCGUGAAGCUGCUGCUUGAGGGAGAAGCUGAUGCAAACCACACGUCAUUGAGUGGAUCAACACCCUUAGCAGUGGCAGCACAUGAAGGGUCGCCUGGAAUUAUUAAAUGCCUGUUAAAACAUGGAGCCAAUCCAGAUGCUAUUGAUUGUAGUGGUUUGAAGCCAAUCAUGACUGCAGCAAUAAUGGGUAAUGCUGAAGCUGUUGCUGCACUGCUUCCAGUGACUACUCGCAUUCAAACUGUUGUGGACUGGAGUGCUGAUGGAAUAAUGAAGCAUGUUUCUUCUGAAGAGGGAAACAAAGAGAUAAUGAGUAUGCUUCAGGAACACUUUUCCCUGGCAAAUUCAAAGGGGGAUGAGGCUUUUAAGAGAAAGGAUUAUCUUUUAGCAAAUUUUUGGUACAUAGAGGCAAUGCGUGAUAGGCCCAGUGACUGCGAUCUGGCUUUAUUACUCUCAAAGAAAAGCUUCGGUUGGGCCCUCUUGGAAGAAGGAUUUUUGGCAUUAAAAGAUGCUGAAGCUUGUGCCGAGAUAAUGCCUAACUGGCCAGUGGCACACUAUAGGGUGGGAAAGGCGUGUAUGUUAUUAGAAGAUUUUGACAAAGCUGAAAUAGCUUUUCUUGUGGCUCUGAACCUGGAUAAGGAUAACAAAGAACUUCGACGUGCACAUCGGUAGUAGUUUGUUUACAAACUUUCAAUUUUUUCAAGUUGUUUAGCAUAAAUGGUGAACAUGGUGGUAAGCUUCUCUGGUUUGAUAUGAACUUCUUUUCUUUUAGAUUUUAACUGCUUACCUACCCUAUAACUCAAUAAUUUGGCAACACAGCUUAGCUCUUUUUUGAAACCCUAACAAACCUUCCCCGAGAGCAUGGCUGUUGCCAUUAAGCUAAAGUUCCAUUGAAUUGGUUUGGACAUAAACUGAGAUGCCAGAAUAACAUAAGAAUGUUUCUGUUAGUUUUGGGCUUUUAGGUUCACUUACCUCUGGCACAAUAGCCACUUUCAUUUCAUCAGCCAAGAGUUCAGAUACUAGAAAAACAGAAAUCAGGUUUUCCUCAACUGUCUACUGGGAAAUUUUUUCUAAUUGGGAUUAAGCGGAUUAGUUGGCACUUUUUUAAUGAUUGAGCUUUUAAAUGUUGGAUUCAAUCAGACCUGUUGUUGAUGGCAUUUGAAACUGAGGAUUGUUUCUUUUCUUUUUUCUUACCAUUUUACCUUUCCAAGCUUUGUCAUUUCCAAGUGUGUGUCGAUUACAAUUUCACUUUUCUGCUAAAUGGAGAGGAAAAUUUCUUACUAUCAGAUAUAUUUUCUCCUUUUUCUAUGUUUACCAUGAAUUUUAUUUUUCAACAGGGAAGCUAUUGCUGCUGGGAAAAGAGCUAUUGAAGCCAUUUUUGCAGCACUGCAUAUGUGAUGGAAAUUGCAAGAUACUCCUUGAUUGGCACUACUCUUUUGCUUUGUCAAUGUCAGUUGAAUAGAAACUGAAUACUUUGGUGGAAUGAUGUUUCUUGUGCCUUCAACAAAGUGUGUAAUCUGUAUUGGUUCCAAAUAUUAUAGUUCAGUACAGAUGAUAUAAUUGAUGAUAAAACCACAGUUAAAAA